CCAGCGAAGUUUACAUCCACAUCUGACCCUGUAAAUCAUGCGCCAUCUGUAGAGCAGAGAGGAAAAGAGACGGAGCACCCUGGCGCGCCUCUGGAAGGUAACCGAAGGGGCAUGGCACGCGCGUCACCUACGUGGCCACUGGUCAGAGGUAGGCCGGCCACGUCGCGAAGCUGCAUGCCGCCGCCGCGUCUCCCGGAACCCUCCGCCAUCACCCCCUGCCGCUUCGAUCCAUGCUUAUUAUACAUCCAUGCUCCGAUCAUCACACCUCGAUUGCCGCUACAGCCACCUAGCUCGUCGAUCAGACCAGCACGGUAUACAUCGCCAGCCAUGGCGCAGGGCGAGCGCGAGCAGCUGAGCGUGGUCAUGUUCCCGUGGCUCGCGCACGGCCACAUCAACCCCUACCUCGAGCUCGCCAGGCGCCUCACCUCCACCGACCGCGACGGCGUCGACGUGGUCGUCUACCUGGUCUCCACGCCGGUGAACCUCGCGGCGAUCGCGCACCGGCAGACGGACAGGAUCCGGCUGGUGGAACUCCACCUCCCGUCCCUCCCCGACCUCCCUCCCGCGCUGCACACCACCAAGCACCUCCCGGCGCGCCUCAUGCCGGCGCUCAAGCGCGCCUGCGACCUCGCCGCGCCGCGGUUCGGCGCGCUCCUCGACGAUCUCCGCCCGGACGCCCUCCUCUACGACUUCCUCCAGCCCUGGGCGCCGCUCGAGGCCGCGGCGCGUGGCGUGCCCGCGGCGCACUUCAGCACCUGCAGCGCCGCCGCCACGGCCUUCUUCGUCCACUGCCUCGGCAGCGCCGACCGCGCGCCGCGGGCGUUCCCGUUCCAGUCCGUCGGCCUCGGCACCGCCGACGAGGAGGCCAAGUACACCGAGCUGUUCGCCUUGCGCGAGGACCCCGCCGCUCUGGUCUCCGAGCGCGACCGCCUGCUGCUCAGCCUGGCGCGCUCGUCGGGGUUCGUCGCCGUCAAGACGUGCGCGGACAUCGAGCGCAAGUACAUGGACUACCUCUCCGAGCUCCUGGGAGGGAAGGAGAUCAUCCCCUGCGGGCCUCUGCUCGUCGACUCCGGCGGCGGCGGCGGUGCGGCCGAGUCCGACCGCGUCAUGCGGUGGCUGGACGGCCAGGAGCCGGGCUCCGUGGUGCUCGCCUCCUUCGGCAGCGAGUACUUCAUGUCGGAGCAUCAGAUCGCGCAGAUGGCGCGCGGCCUGGAGAUGAGCGGCGAGCGCUUCCUGUGGGUGGUGCGGUUCCCGGAGAGCGCCGGCGGCGGCGAGGAGGACCACGGCGGCGCGGCGCGCGCGCUGCCCCGCGGGUUUGCCCCCUCGCGCGGGCUGGUGGUGGAGGGGUGGGCGCCGCAGCGGCGGAUCCUGUCGCACGGCGCCUGCGGCGCGUUCCUGACGCACUGCGGGUGGAGCUCGUUGCUGGAGUCGCUGGCGGCGGGGGUGCCGGUGGUGGCGCUGCCGCUGCACAUCGACCAGCCGCUGGGCGCCAACCUGGCCGCGGAGCUGGGCGCCGCCGCGCGCGUGCGCCAGGAGCGGUUUGGGGAGUUCCGGGGCGAGGACGUGGCGUGUGCGGUGCGCGGGGUGCUGCGCGGGGAGGAGGGGAAGGCUCUGAGGCGCCGCGCAGGGGAGCUGCGGGAGGUGGUGGCGCGGAACGACGCAGACGACGCGCAGGUCGGCGAGCUGGUGCGGCGCAUGGCGCGGCUCUGCGGCAAGGGGCAGCGGGUGGCCGUGCCCAACUGAAACUGUGGUGCAACGAAACGGUGCACGGCUUCAAAGUUGAAACACGAUUUGAAUUCGACGAGGAGACAUUGUUUAGUUGUCAUCGUCUCGGGUUUGAGCUGGGCUGCCAGUUGACACCUUGGGCCCUUGUUGGCUGUUUGAAUGUGUUGCAAAUAACCCCUGGAAUCCUGUUCCUUGUUUGCUACUCCCUCCAUCCCGUCCCAAAUUAUAAGUCGAUUUGACUC